UCGAGUUCACACAACCCUCAGUUGCAAGUCAUCAGUUUUUUUUUCUUCUUCAUCUUUCUCCAUCGAGAACUCUUUCACAUCCAGCGAAUUUUUGUUUGGCUAUCAAGACAAUUCUUCACAACAGUGCUCCUUAACAAUUAAAAGUGUUUAAAUAACCCAGCGCCGGGGAGACUUCGACGAACGUGUGGGGCUUACCUUUAAGAAAGACAAAUCAAAAGUCAUGUCAGUUACUAGCAUGAACAUGCCGCAUCAUCUCUUCACCGGUUAUCCAUUCCAAGGUCAGGGACGUGUUAACCAACUCGGCGGAGUGUUCAUCAACGGCCGUCCGCUUCCGAACCACAUCCGCUUGAAGAUCGUCGAACUGGCGGCGGCCGGAGUCCGUCCGUGCGUCAUCUCGCGACAAUUGCGCGUCUCCCACGGCUGCGUCUCCAAGAUCCUCAACCGCUACCAAGAGACGGGCAGCAUCCGCGCCGGAGUCAUCGGCGGAUCGAAACCCAAAAGCGGUUCAUCAACUUCGCCAGGUGGGGGCAACGUGAAUCUCUCCGGUUGCGGGAUGAACAUCGAUGCCGAACGCAAGUCGGAAGAUUACCGACGGGAAACGGCCAAUAGCAACAUUUUCUCGUGGGAAUUUCGCGAUCGACCAUCAAAGCAAGAUGAGAAGGAACUGAUGAACGGGUCGAUAGCGCCAACGGCUUCUAUUAAUCGGUUGUUGCAGCAUCCGCAUCACCGCGGGAUGGUGAUGAUGGAGAACACCAACAGCGCCAUCAGUUCCGACGGCUUAAUCAGCAGACAUCCUCAACACCAGCACUCUAUCGACGGCAUUCUAGCAGCGUUGAUGUGA